AUGGCAGAGAACAUUGCAGAAAACUGGAAGGUUUUCAGUGGAGCAAACAAGUGGGAGGGUCUUUUAGACAAACCCAUAAACCCUGAUUUUUUGCGCUAUCUUAUUCACUAUGGAGAAAGGGUUCAAGCUAUUCGUGAUGCCUUUAAUUCUCAGAAGCUAUCUAAUACGUUUGGUCUUCCCCGAUUUCCACCAGAAGAGUUGUUCUCCAAGGUGGGUCUAGAAAAGGCCAAUCCAUUCAAAUAUGAAGUCUUGGCCGAGGUUAGGAAACUUGUGGACUAUUAUGGUGAGAAGGGCGAGGAAGUGAGCAUAACAGUGGCAGGAUACAGCCUAGGUGCAGCACUUGCAACGAUUACUGCGAUGGACAUAGUUUCAAAUGGGUUUAACAAGCCUACUGGAUCAGGCAAAACAUUUCCUGUCACAGCCUUUGCCUAUGCAAGCCCUCGAGUUGGAGACAAAGGCCUCCUAAAUGUAUUCAGUGAUCUUAUCGUUAUUCAUAUCUUACGCAUAUCAAAUUUCCUUGAUCCCGUUCCUGUUAUUCCUUUAUUUGAUGGCUAUGUAGCCGUGGCUAAUGCGGAGCUGAUAAUUAACAGCAGCAAGUCACCUUACCUGAAGGAUACCAAACCACAUGAAUUGGAAAUUUAUCUACAUGGAAUUGCGGGCUACAACGGGCAGUUUACAGACUUCGAUUUGGUUGUCCCUCGUGAUCUUGCACUGGUAAACAAAACUUUAUAUAUACUGAAAGACAACGACAAGCUUAAGGUGCUACCAGAAUGGUGGCAUGUGAGGAACAAUCUAAUGACACAGCAUGAGAAUGGAUUCUGGGACAUCGAUACUGAUUAUGUGGCAGAUCCUCCAAGUGAAGACGAUAUUGCAGUAUUGACAAAGAAUGCACUUGCCUGA